AAAAUUAGCAUUUCGUAAAAUGGAACGAAUAAACAUAACAAAUUGAACAAUGUCAAAACAAAUACAAAUCGAGUGCGAAUUUUAUUAUUAAAGUGAUUCGUCGGUGAGGCAACAGUUGAUGCGAGGAAAUAAUUGUACAAUUUACAUAACAUAAUGGAUUCUCGAUCUAAAAUUUUACAACCAAGAUUAUAUCAAGUACAACUUGAAGAAAUAUGUAUAACAAAAAAUACAAUUAUAUAUUUACCAACAGGAAAUUAAAAAUUUUAGGUUCAGGAAAAACUUUUAUUGCUGCACGUCUUAUUAAGAGAUUUAUGAAUCAGUUAAAAAAACCAUGGGGAGAAGGUGGUAAAAGAACAUUCUUUCUUGUCAACACAGUGCCAUUGGUCAACCAACAGAAACAUGUGAUUGAAGAAAUGUGUCCAGUCACAGUUGGAGCCUACAGUGGAGAGGAUAAAGUUGAUUAUUGGAACAAAAUAAAAUGGGACUCUGAGCUUUCUCAAUAUCAAGUGAUUAUAAUGACUUCUCAAAUAUUACAUGAUAUGCUCACACACAAGUACAUCAUGCUUGAAGAUAUAAAUUUAUUAAUUUUUGAUGAAUGCCACCAUGCUGUUGAUGAACAUCCAAUGAGGUUAAUUAUGAGGCAUUUUGACGGAUUAUGUGGAGAACAACCAAGAGUAAUAGGUUUAACAGCAACAUUGCUAAAUUGUAACGUUACGUUACACAAAGUUGAGGAUACACUUCGGGAACUCGAAACGACAUUUCGAGCGACUAUAGCCACAGUUCAUGAAAAUGUACAAGAGAUCUUUAAUCACUCGACAAACCCGCAAGAAAUAUUAAAGUGCUAUUGCCCAUCGUCCCCUACUUCAGCCAAGACGGAGGCCAAAAAGCUUUUACUGAAACUGAUGAAUUUAAUCCAUAACUAUAAAUUACCAGUAGUGAAAAAAAAUGUCCAAUUGCAACAUGGACAGCGGGACAUAUCUUCUAAUCCUAAUAAGAUUCAACGGGAGUUGGCGAAUAUGGUGACAUCCAUGUCGUUGCAUAUCGAUGAAAUGGGUGCGUACGGCGGGGCCCUGUGCAUUAUAGCGUAUACGAUAUUACUCGAACGGCUAAAACGACGAGCACUUUCCGGCGAAGAAGAAUUAUUGUACCAAUUCACUAUAACGGGCUGCACAGAGGCAAAACUCGUAUUAUUAGAGGGAAUGGACGAUGAAAAGGGAUAUGCGAAGAUUAUUAAGCAUUCAUCGCCUAAAAUUAAAGUUUUGUUAAAUAUUUUGAAAGAAUAUAAAGUGACCGAAAACGAUAAACCAUUAUCUGCAAUCAUAUUUACACAGCAAAGGUUCACUUCGAAGAUUUUAUACAAUUUACUCAAAGCCGUAAAAAAAUCAAACCCCGAAGACUUCGGUUUUCUUAAACACGAUUUUAUUGUGGGAUUUAACGUGAACCCCUUUAAUAACACGAGAGAACAGCAUUACGCUAAGAAACUCAGUAAUCAGGCGUUGCUGAAAUUUAAAAAUAGGGACUUGAACUGCCUAAUAUCUACACGGGUGAUAGAAGAGGGUGUGGACGUACCACAAUGCUCCCUGGUCGUGCGAUUUGACCUGCCGCUUGACUAUCGCUCUUAUAUACAAAGCAAAGCGAGGACCAACGUCGGUUGUAAUGAAACACACACAUCUCUAUCGACAUUAAACGACGCUCGGAGUACAUGCGAAGCAGAUCCAUUUAAUGACAGUCUCCAUGUCUUCAAGCGUCGUGCAAGGAACAGGGAAUCAAAAUAUAUUAUGAUGGUGAAUGAAACGGAAAUUGAGAAGUUUCAAAGUAAAUAUUAUGGAUUUCAGACAUUAGAAAGUUGCCUUCAACAGUUAAUUAUGGGUAAUGCUAAAGAUCGAGCGUCGCCAACUGAAGAGGAAGUUCAAGCAGCUUAUGAAGAUGAUGAUAUACCACCUUUCGUCACCGCGAAUGGAAAUCGCCUAUUCGCAACAUCAGCCAUUAGUCUCUUACAUCGGUACUGUAACAGCCUACCUACCGACCAGUUUACGCUACUCACUCCGAUGUGGAUACUAGAAUAUGUUGAAUUGAACCCGGUUAUCACCAUCGUGAUGCCAAUAGCUUGUUCCAUCAAAGAACCGAUUAAGGGCGACCCCUAUAAUAGUGUUAAAACGGCGAAGCGUUCGGCCGCAUUAAAAGCCUGUGUCAAGUUAUAUUUAGCUAAAGAAUUUGAUCAGCACCUUCUCCCAAAAACAUAUGGAGAAAUAAAAUUCGAACAAGAGGAUAUAAAGCAGUGUUUCCUUAAUUGGCCAUGGGACGACCCCAAAGAAGAUAAUAAAGACGGGACACCACUCGCUGGCACAAAAAAACGCGUUCGCAAGCACAAGAAAGUGUAUCCCAGUUAUUUCAACGCAUUGCCUUCUGUAGGCAACCAAAAAUUCUACUUACAUUUAAUAAAACUGGAUGUCGCUUUCGAAAAACCUACUGAAUCACGCGAAAUAGCGCUUUACGACCUUUUAAAAAUGGAUGAAGGGUUUGGGUUUCUUACAAUGCGGCCUUUGCCGGAAAUAUGUGAUUUUCCAAUGUAUCUAAGAGUUGGACAAGUUAUGACAAAUAUACAAAUGAAUUAUGCCUGCGUUACAUUGGAUACAGCGCAGCUUCAAUUGGUCAAACGAUUCCAUUUCUUCAUAUUCGAUCAAUUGUUAGCGGUUGCUAAGAAAUUCGUGAUAUUCGAAGGAUCUGUGAAUUGCCUCUACGUUGUUCCUACGAUUAAAAAGGACGGAUUCGAUAUCAACUGGAACGUAAUGCGGACGCAUAAUGAAAUAGAACCCAAUGAGAUACCAUCAGACAAGCAAAGGGCGUCAACAAAAGCUUCGCGGGAAACGCAUCAGAGGAAAGUGGUUACGCCGUGGUAUAAACCUUAUCUCAUUCCUGACAGAUACGUUGUGACAAAUGUGCUCGAAUAUAUGACACCACAAUCUCAGUUCGUAACCAACUCAUUUGAAACAUACGCUGAUUAUUACACAAACAAACAUCAGUUACAGCUCUUGGGUCCUCAAGAUCAACCAUUGUUGGAGGUUGUCAGAAUAAAUACCAAAAUGAACUGUUUAUUACCCCGUGGGACUACAAUCCGGUCGCUAUCUGAGAAACAAAUGAAGUUAAUUGCGCAAGCGCAGGACGAUGAAAAGCCGAAAGCCUUUAAAGAGAUCUUUGUUCCCGAAUUGUGUACCAAAUACGAGUUUCCGAGUGUUCUUUGGUACAAGGCGUAUAUGCUACCCAGUAUAAUACACAGAAUAACUAUGUUAUUGGUAGCCUACGAAUUGCGGGCGGAAAUUUCGAAAGGUAUUAGUUACGGUAAACCUCACCCACAAAAAGGGGAAAAGUGGUUGCCCAUUGAAACAAAUAUUAAUAUAGCGAAAAAGAGCUUACUCUCGCAAAUAGAAGAGCCAGCAGCGGCCAGCAUUAACAGCAUUGACAGUGAAGAUGAAGAUACAAGAGAAAGAAAAUUUCGUACAGAAAACCGAAAAUAUAUUCCAUCACCCGAGCGGAGUAGAUCGCCUCAUACAAGGAUAAGUGAUCCUGUUGUAUCGAUAUCGAUGAAGGAGAGUCUCUAUCAGCUUCAGAAAAAGAAAAUGAGUGCGGAAUACGCUUGGGAGGAAAACGCGGAACCAAUUGAUAUAGAGAGAAAUAUUACUGAAGUUACAUUACUGGAUAUCGAAUGCUAUGACACAUUUGCGAUGGCUCCUGUGUCUGAUGAGAAAAAUAAGGCCAUUGCUAUGCCCAAAAAUCCACCAAUCGGCACCGCUAUAAUGCCACCCCCACCCAACUAUUCAGACAAGAUAAACCUCUUGUCUCGUAAAGCAACAGGCAACGGGCCGGAAUUGCGCGACGUCCUCGCAGCUCUAACGACCAUCAACUCUCAUGAUUCCUUCGAUUUGGAGAGAGUGGAGACCCUUGGGGACGCUUUCCUUAAAUUUGCAGCGACUCUUUAUCUAUUCCACAAGUUUCCCAAGCUUAAUGAAGGACAGCUAACAAAUAUUAAAGGACGCCUCAUAGGAAACAGGAAUCUGUUCUAUGCCGGCAAUCGUAUUGGUCUCGGUGGGCGAAUCAAAGUCGAACAAUUUAGUCCAAGGAUGGAUUUUGUGGUCCCUGGAUUUGCAGCUCCUCAAGAAGUUAUUAAUUUUAUUGAAGAACGAAAGAUCCGGCCAUCAAUUCUUAUAGGAAUGGAGUUUCCAACUUCGGAAGCAUUGAGUGGAAAGCUGUCAGAUAGAAGCAUGAAUUUAAUUCAAAAUAGAUUUAUUGAGGCGACGUCUCAACUUCGGCCGGCCGAGCCCGAACCGGAGGGUGGCGUUCAAAAUGAAAUGCAGCGGUAUAUCGGGGCACAAGCAGUGUCUGACAAGUCGGUAGCAGAUUGCGUUGAAGCACUAAUUGGAACCUACCUGCUCAGUGGUGGCGUUGAGGCAGCCGGCUUGUUAUUGGAAUGGCUUAGGAUUAUACCAAUACAGGACAAUUUCUUAACAUACUUCUCAAAGGAUGUAGAUACAGUGAUAAAAGAGGGAAAAGUUGCCGAAAACGAUAUAAAUCGUUUGCUAAACUACACAAAAGCUGAUAUUGAAAGCAUAAUACAGUACAAGUUUAAGGAUCCUUCGCUUUUGUUAGAGGCUUUGUCACAUCCAUCAUACAUCCGCAACCGCUACACUCGGUCAUACGAGCGUCUGGAGUUUUUGGGCGACGCCAUCUUGGAUUUCCUCAUAACCGCACACAUAUUUGAAAACUGCGGCAACCUUAAGCCCGGAGAGCUGACAGACUUAAGAUCUGCGCUCGUAAAUAACGUCACGUUUGCAGCAUAUGUCGUUAAAUUGGGUCUUCACAAGUUCCUAUGCUAUGAGCUGAACCCGCCACUGGAGACGGCAAUUAUCAACUUUGCAGAACAUCAGAAGCAAAGAAACCAUGACAUCUCUGAAGAUGUACUCUACCUUAUUGAUGAAGAGGAAUGCCGCAUAGCUGAGUACAUUGAAGUACCCAAGGUUCUAAGUGACAUAUUCGAGUCGUUAAUAGGUGCGAUAUAUCUCGAUAGCCAUGGCGAUUUAGCCACAGUAUGGCGUGUAGUAUAUCGCAUAAUGUGGAAAGAAAUCGCUGCAUUUUCGCAAUGCGUGCCCAAACAGCCCGUUCGCGUCUUAUUGGAGAUGAUGUACGCAUGUGCUAGCUUUGGAGAAGCUAAGGCGACUCCGGAUAAUAGUAUUCCCAAAGUGAUGAUUCCUGUUUCAUACACACGCGACGGCCAUAGACACAUCAAUUACGGCGUUGGUUCCAACAAGGCUCAAGCAAAACGCGCCGCUGCAAAACUCGCCCUCAAAGUUCUCUCGACGUAAAUCUUUCGCAUAUUGUAUUUUUUAUACUUGUAAUAUUAUUUUUUGGUACUUUUUCGGUGGACAUUAUUUUUACUAGAAACAUUUAUGAUGUCAGAAUUCUACGGAAUGAAAAAUCAGAGUACAGAUCAAUUGAUUUUUCCAUGUAUGCGUAACCGCUCGCUGCAAACGGGACUUUCAUUGGAUAUGAAAUACGAGUCAAUGGAAAAAUCAAAUGGAUAUAAACGAGUCGGGACUGUUGCGAAAGGUUUCAGUUCUAAGAUUAAUUUUGAUGUAUGUAUGGUUUCUUUCCUAUAUUGUAUUGUCUAGCAUAAAAAAUGUGAUAUAUGAAUUGGUGAUUUUUAGACUUAUCAGAUCCCUAACUGUGACUUCUUUGCCAAAUGCAAUUUUAGAUUAAAUGAAAAUUUUUGACAGCUCCAACGCAUCGAUUGUCCAUUUAAUUAGAACGACACCAACUUUCGCGUUAACACCUACUGCAAUACAUUUUUGAUAUUCCUAUAUUACUUUGUUAGUAAGUUUUACUCAAAAUAAAAAAAGUAAACAAUUAAAUUAAUAAGAAUAUUAGAUAUGAAAAUAUUCGUAAAAUACUUAUAAAUUUUACCAUAAUGCAAACCGUUUCAUUGACAAAUGACACUAUAUGUAUUAGUAAUAAUGUUAAUCUCAAAAAUGACUCCAUGGCGAAUCUUUGAAUUUGGAUCUCGACUUUCAAGUGAAUUUGAUGCCAAAAUUUAUUAUUACUAUUUAUCGAAAUUUUAAGUUACUUUAUACAUGGACUGCAUUUAUUUCCGAAAGCUAAUGUGUAUACAUAAGCCACACAAAUUUGUAAAAUGUGUUACUCAAAACACGUCUCAAAUGGUAUCUCAAAAACUAGUUUUACCAUUUAAUACUACUUAUUCUAAUUUGGUUAUUAAUAGGUAGGCUAUAUAAGUCGUUAUUUUUAAUACUGUUAAGUAUUGCCUUUAAAAAUUCAAAUUAAACAUACAUAAUUUCAAGAAGCUGACAUGACUGACAUUUACUCAACUAAUAUUUUUUUAAUUGUUAAUUAACUCCAUAAUGCUUUUUAAAGCUUUAUAUACGAGCAUCGAUGCAAAAUAGUUCGUCAAGUAUGGGAAGUAGUGCAAAAUGUAAAAUAUAGAAAGUAAAUAUUGGUAAAAUAAUUAAGAUCGUUUAAUUAAAAGUAAACCACAAUUUGAGGAACAUUUUAAAGUUUAUUUUAACAUAACUGAAAUUCUUUCAUGACUUUACAUAACAUUAAAAAAAUUAAAAAAUAUUCUAAAAAAACAUAACGCAAAAGUAUUCCUCUAUCCUUGUCACUCUCGCAAAAUACGAACUCUUUUGCAUCCAUUAACAAUAAUUAGACGAACUAUUUUGCUUAUAUUUAAUCUUAACUUAAAAUUUAAAACAGGUUAUGUAUAAAUUUAAAAAGCUAAAAUAGUUUAUUGGUUCAUAAUUAAAAAAUGCCAUAAGUAACACUUCACACUAGACGAACUAUUUUGCAUCGGGGCUCGUAGAUCACUCAAUAACGCUUUAAUUUUCAUUCUCAAUAGCAUAUUAUAAGACUGGAUAUGUUAUAUAUACAGGGUGGUCAAAAAGUCGUGGAUCAAAUGCAAAUAGGGGAUAGAUGAGGUCAUCAGCUGCAAAAA